AAAAGAACAAGGAAAAAGAAAAAAGAAGUUAAUACGGUAAAAAUUGUUGAUGGGUAGCCCUGGAUCGAGUAAUCUGGCUACUGCAGCUCGCGUUGGAUUAUCUGAGCCAAUUUCAACUGGUGGUCCCAGUGAAUUUGAUGUUAUAAAGACUCGUGAACUGGAAAAGUUUCUUCGAGAUGCGGGUUUGUAUGAAAGUCAUGAAGAAUCUGUCAAAAGAGAGGAAGUUCUUGGUAGAUUGGAUCAGAUAGUUAAGACGUGGGUGAAAAAUAUUAGCCGUGCCAAAGGUUAUAAUGAGUCAAUAGUUCAUGAGGCUAACGCAAAGAUUUUCACGUUUGGUUCUUAUCGGCUUGGUAGAUAUUCUGUAAAAUCAUGUGCUUAUUGGAGCCAGAUCUUCUGUAUACAGAGGGACAGCCAGACUGAAUUUGGGAUUAGUCGGCUGGAGCUUUUGUGGACCUGGUUCAUGGGCCUGGUGCUGAUAUUGAUACCUUAUGUGUUGGACCAAAACAUGCCAGUCGAAAUGAAGACUUCUUUGGUGAACUUUACAGAAUGCUCUCCGAGAUGCCUGAAGUACAAGAACUGCACCCGGUGGCCGGUGCCAGAGGCUCAUGUUCCUGUGAUGAAGUUCAAGUUCAAUGGUGUUUCUAUAGAUCUACUUUAUGCAAAUGUGUCGCUAUGGGUUAUUCCCGAAGACUUGGAUAUUUCUCAAGAAUCGAUUCUGCAAAAUGUGGAUGAUCAAACUGUUCGCAGUCUCAAUGGUUGUAAAGUGACUGACCAAAUAUUGCGGCUCACUUUCAAAACGACACUUCGAUGUAUGAGGCUAUGGGCAAAGCGACGUGGGGUUUAUUCAAACGUUACUGGUUUUCUUGGCGGUAUUAAUUGGGCAUUGCUUGUUGCUCGCAUCUGCCAAUUGUACCCAAAUGCUUUGCCUGGCAUGUUGGUGUCUCGUUUUUUUAGAGUGUAUAACUUGUGGCGGUGGCCUAAUCCAGUUAUGCUCUGUCCAAUUCAAGCAGGAUCUUUAGGACUUUCUUUUUGGGAUCCUAGGAGAAAUUAUAAGGACAGAUUACACCUAAUGCCCAUAAUAACCCCUGCAUAUCCCUGCAUGAACUCUAGUUUCAAUGUGUCGACAAGCACGUUACGUGUCAUGAUGGAGGAAUUUCAAAGAGGGAAUGAAAUGUGUGAGAUAGACAUAGCCACAGAAAACGACGAGGACAUGAUGAACUGGAAAGGCUGGGUCGAGUCCAGAAUACGGUUACUCACACUAAAGAUAGAACGAGACACUAGUGGAGUCCUCCAAUGCCACCCUCACCCUGGCGAAUUUUCAGACAAAGCAAAGCCUUUCCACCACAAUUAUUUCAUGGGCAUACGCAGAAAACAAGGCACUAACCCUCAGGAUGGAGAACAAUUUGACAUAAGAAUGACAGUCGAGGAUUUCAAAAGAGAUGUGUACGCUUACUCCUUCUGGAAGCCUUCAAUGUGGAUUCAUGUGUGCCACGUCAAGCGAAAGGAUAUACCCGGAUUUGUUUCACCACCUGCCAGGACCUCUGCCGAAGGCCGCAGCUCGAUUUUGACCAGGAAAAAAGGGAAACAGCAGGAGAAUAAUUUUAGUCCAAAUGAGUCAUUGUGUGCUAAUAAUAGUGAUGUGGCAACUUGUGUGGAUGUAAUGAGGGAAAAAUCCAGGCGAAUGGAACCCGAGUUUAGUGGCACAAUGGCGAAUUUAUCUGCUUCGUUGGCUGUGGAUAAUAAGUCUGUGAGCGAGCAAUAUUCAGCACAAACUGUUGUUAAUCAACAAGGUUCUUCGGAAGUAGUUGAUGAUUAUCUACAGUCCAAGACUGAAAUCCCGGACAAUGAUGAAAAUGGAGGAAGUAUAUUAUCUCUGCCUUUGACUUCAGAGCAAGCUGGGGAUUGUCCCAUGUGCUCGAGGGUUGAACCGAAGAAUGAUGAUUUAGAGGAGCUUGAGCAAAUGUGCCUGCUCAAAUGA